AUCGAUUAUCCUUUAAAGAAAUUGAUCGUCUAUUGAAAGAGAACGAGCUUUUAUUUGAUCAAUUGUUGACAACGUACAAUGACGCAUUAAUAAAGCGAUUAUCGCGAAUCUAUUUUUAUACAAUAUUUUGGAUAUUUGGAUCAAACUUUUUCAGACCAUAUAAGGUGAUAUGGGAAAGGGAACCGGAAGUGGCCACGGGGCCGGCAGAGGAGCCGGUGGCUAUAAAGGGAAGUCAGAAAGGUUCUUUAUACCCGCAAUGCCAAUGCCCGCCGCGAUCAUAUGCUGUAUUCUGAACUUCCUGAUCCCCGGCUUAGGCACUAUGUUGUCAGGGUUUAGCAAUUUCUGCUGUUCUCGCAACGAGGACUUGACUUGGGCAACCCGCGUCACCAGCUGUUGCAUUAACUUCGGCAUCGGUCUCCUGCAAUUGAUCAGUUGCAUCUUGCUGUUCCUUGGUUGGUUCUGGAGCUGCAUCUGGGGCGGCUUCUACAUCGUUACCAGCUUGCAAUACUACCACAACAACAGACCGGAAGAGACGGACCAACCACAAGAGAGGCAUGUGACCCACCAUCCUGCCGUCAGCCAGGUCGUCGUCAUACAGCCGGGAACGAGUUUACCGCCAAGUUACGCUGACGUAAUGGCCGGAUCUGGGUACUAUGCGCAUGCGCAGACGAAUUCCGUAUAUCCGGCAAGCAUAUCCCACGUGACAGCAUUUUCAGACCAGCCACCUCCUUAUUCAGCGCCAACCGAGGAGAAAGUGCCCACGUGAUGCACGUGUUAGUUGAUGCAAGGACGGAUAACAGUGUGAUUAGUCAUUUUCAGAUGAUAUUCACUUUUCGGGAAAAUAACAUGCAUUUAAAUGAUUUGCACACAAGUAUUUGCAGUUGAAUAAACUGCCAUCAAUUCUGAACUUGAAUUCUAGUUGGUAAUUAAUAUACGUUUAUAUUUAUCGUUACGUAAAUACGGUUGUAUAUAAUACACUGUACGUUAUUUGUCGGUUUAAAUAGUAAAACCUUAUCUUUU